AUGGCUGAGACUUCAUCUCGCCAGACUCGCUCAAACAGCUUGCAGCGCAUGCUGGAUCUCGAAAAGCAAUACAUGAACGAGAGACUGCGCAGCGAGUCGAACCAGUUCUGUAAUCCUGGUGUCACGUUCAACAGCCCUCCAUCAUCAUCAGGGCAGCGCCCUACAACACGAGGUCGCCAAAUUGAACCUCAAACUGUACAGGAGCGUCGCAGGAGCGAGCAACACCAGAGAAGUUUUCCAUUACAAACUCAUACGCCAAAGCCACGGCUGGUAAUAGAUGUCAAAACCGCUUCCCCGAAGCCGUCUCCAAUUGCUAUCCACGAGCCCACUAGCAACAUGAAGAUUCGUCGAAGUGGCAAGAAUAUUGCUACCAGCCCACCCUCCAUUCCAUACAGCUCUACUGCUGAAGCUUCCCCGACCCCAGUGUCUAGCACUGACAGUUCUGUCUGCCAAUCUCCUAGCUGGGAAGCUUAUGACAAACGAAAGCAAGAGAAAAAGGAGGAGAGAAAGGCACGAGACGAAGCAAAAGCUGCACGAAAACCUCGUCGCCUCAGCAAACCCCCUCCAGCCUCGUUACCCCAUGCAUUGAAGCAAGUCAAUGCCGACCAACCCGAGCCUGCGACAGUUGACAGGGGAAGACAAUCUCGUCCCGCAAGUAUGGUCAUGUCCGAUUGUCCUCCCAGAGAAACGUCAUUCUAUAAGCAGCCUCGCUCCCGCGCUGGCUCCUUCUCGUCCCUAAUCAAAUCGACUUUCGACUUUCGACGCUCCUCGAUUGAUCAGUCCCAAGAGCGUCCAUUCAUUGGCGGCAUCAAACUUGAAUACGAACAGCAUCUCGCCAACGAAAGGGGCACGGAUCAGGAUAGUGUGAUCGAGCCUACGGAUGUCCAUCCUGCCUUGCGUACAGGCAAGCCAGCUCUGAAGUCUCCACCUCCGCCGUCUCGUGCUACAGGUGCUAAGAAUGCGAAUUCGCGGGCUUAUCCUCCCAAUACCUUUCAGACUACGAAGUCAAAAUCGAUGUUUUUGGAAUCCCCAAAGGUCCCGCCAGUACCAGACCUCAGCACCAUCGAGAAAUGGCGCGCACGGGUCGGCCUCAGGUCUUCGAGCAAGUCUUCCACAUCGCCGAGCCCUACCACAACGGAGAUCACUGCAGACUCUAAGGCUGAUGAGGCCUCGGAAAGACCAAGCUUUAGCUCUCAGGGAGAAGUUGCACAGACACGUGAGAGCGUUACCGAGCAGGAAAAAGAAAAGACUGCUGCCAGUCAAGAACAAGUACGGAAAACACCAACUCCUCCGGAGCCUCCACGUCGAAGCUCCAAGCGCAGCUCUUUGCUAAAUGGGAGCCCGUCAAUGCCGCUCCUCACUCUACUUCAUGUGCCUCUCGAGACAGCUACUUCUUCUCUGGAUGAUUUGCCCGCCACAGCCGCCAACGGCGAUAUCAAAAAAGCUAGUGCCAGCCCCUCUUGGGAGAAUCUUCAAUCGUCAGUUAUGAACACGAUUGAACAUACUAUCAAGCCAAUGGCCGAGGUUGAGAAGGAAAAGGGCGAGAAGGAAGAGGGCGAAAGGGCUUUCUGGAACAGCCAAGAGUGGACUCUUCAGCGCUCUGACCAUCCUCAGAUCACAUCCAGUUCCUCGGAAGACUCUGCCUCCGAUUGCUUCAACACAGUUUCCAUGCCAAGCACACCGAAUACUUCGAGACCCCAGUCAGAGAAGGGUCUUCCACGUAUCUCAGGCGAGUCAGACCGUCUUACACUGCGCAGAUUUCAGUUGCACGACAACGCCUACCCAAGCGAGGCAUGUUCCUUUGUCUCUGCCAGCUCAUUUACAGGCGCUUACGACACGGAUCGCGAAGUUGAUCCGAUCCAGGCAGCGGCAAGAAAGGUCAUGGCUGCCUUACCUCCAAUGCCGUCUACAAGACCCAUCAAUGAGCAGCCUUUGAAGCUUCGCUCAAAGUUUACCGAUCUUUCCAACAUUUCUGAUAUCUCAUUGACUGAGGUUCACAGGCUCUCUCCGAAGAACCCAAAAGCGCAGCCCGCCAAGCGCGCCAAUGGCGACACCGUUGCCAAGGUCUUCGUCGAAUGCUGUGGAUGCAAGUUUUAUCAUGAUAUGCCCAGCAAACUGUACGACGCAAUGGUGAACCCCGACGGCGUUUUAUGCCCCAAAGACCGGUCCGAUUUUGGAGGUAGCAUCUCAAUGACAGUAAAGUGUCCAUGGUGCAAACAUGCCAUGAGCACCAACUGCUGUGCUGGAUUGGCCGCCAUGGUCUACGUCAAAGAACGACUUCACUAA